AUGAUCACCGACGUAGCCCGCUCGCCCGACGCAUUCCUUGGCCGCUCGCCGGCAUUCUCUGCAUUCUGCCAUCUCUCCACCAAGAAGUCCCUUGAGCCGGCCAGGGAGAGAGCCGAUGAAGAGGAGAGCGGCGGCGGCGGCGACUUCGAGUUCCGGCUCCACGACCCCAUCUCGAUGCUGCACGCCGACGAGCUUUUCGCGGACGGGAAGCUCGUGCCUCUGCACCUGGCGGCAGCGACGCGCGGUGAGUCAGAAUGUGCGGCCUACAUGCGCUCGGUGGGGCAACUGAAGACGCGGCGGAGGACAGAAGCACCUUCUGGAUCGGACCAGUAUGUCUUCUCUCCUCGCGCGCCGAGCUGUGCGAUCCGGUGGCGUCAACUACUCCGCCUCAAGAAGGCGGCCGGACCCAAGCUCGAACACGAGAAUGCCGUCAAAUCGAGGAGCCAUGGUCCGGAGGACGGGCCGUCGCGGAAACAUUUCUUUCACCGGAGCCCUAAAUCGUCCUCUGCUCUCGAGCCGGCGAUGUGUUUGCCCCUUCUCCGUGAACCGGAAGCUGAAACGGUCUUAGUCUCUUCCCGGCUCUCUCUCUCUUCGUCCUGCUCCUCGGGCCGCGACCAUGAGGACCUCCAUCGUCUAUCCCUAGACGCUGCCAAGCCCCACCGCCACAUGCCGAUGCUCCGAUUGGUCCGGCCACUUCCAGCGACGGCAGAGCUGCCGCUUCGUGGGCGGAUCAGGCGGGGCGGCUCUUCCGAUAUGGCGCCGGGGCAGGGGCAAACGACGACGGGGAUCGGGCUCACGAUGCCUGUGGACAGCCCGCGAAUGAACCCGUCGGGGAAGGUGGUGUUCCACGGGCUGGAGCGGAGCUCAAGCAGUCCCGGGAGCUUCACCGGCGGGCCGCGGCCGCGGUUGCAGGGGAUGGAACGAUCCUACUCAGCCAACGUCGUCCGGGUCUCUCCGGUCCUCAACGUUCCGGUCUGCUCCCUCGCGAAGACCGGCCCGGUCUUCAGGUUCGCCGGCCCGUUCUUCUCGCCGCAGAAGAAGGAGAAGGCUAAUCCAACAGCAAGCCAAACCGCCGGCGGCGGCAGGAGGAGGAGCAAGAGCUAG